AUGAUCAGCAUGAACGGGAUCCAGGACGGGACCUCUGCCCCUUUGUCUCAACAGGGUAUGAGCCCAACGCUUGAUGGUGAAGACCAUGGACCCAACUAUGCGAGAGUUGGAAAUGAACCCCUGCGCGAUGUGAAUGUAUCGAGAGGUUCCAUGGAUCCCGCUCCUAUGUUGAAUGGAGCUUCUGCCAGGGCCUCCUCGGGAACCCUUGUUGCUUCUCAGGCACCGCUUCAAGUACCUCCUGCUUCGAGUGACCCAUGUCAGCCGAGUGCAGCCGUGAUGGAGGGAAACCAGGGUGCCGUUAUGGAGAACCAGCGUGCGACGUUGAUGCCUCGUGAAAGUCAUGAAGCCUUGUUGCAUCCUGCAGCUGUUUCAGCCGUCCCCUCUUCCUGGUCAGUCUCCAGUGUCGGAUGUGAGCCAAUCGAACAAUCGGGCAGGUUCGAUGGCUGGUUGGCCGUCGUCGUCGCCUGCGGCAUCCCCUAUGACGAGAAUGCUGUACAGGCAGAGGUAGCGAAGCAGUUGGAUGCGGCUAUGGGUGGAGUUCUUCAGCGACUUCAGGUUGAAAAGUUGAAGACUGAAGAGGCAAUGCAAGAAGCACAAAGGCUGAGAAGGCAACUUGAGAUCCAAGAGGCACGCAUGAACAUGCAGUCGUCGUACGUGAUGGUUGCCCCUGAACAUCCUCUUCCUAUGGUGAGCCCUGGAGUACUUGCAGAAGUUCCACCAGAUCAACCUCCUCGGGGUCCUUAUGAAGGGAAUGUAGUGAAAUUGUACCCCCUCCAGCGCCGCUUCGUCUACAGCCUCCUGUCACAGGUGAUGGAAGUCUUCGACUACCUGGAGCCUCGUGAUGUUAACGACCAACGAGAUGGCCAGCUUCUUCUGACGCUGGCUCGGGGCAUCGAGGCUCUCUUGAACCAGCAACAUGCUGGGAAAGGUGAUCGCCCAGAGGCGGUCAAGCCGGGGAUCAAUGAGCUUCCAGGUCUUCCGGAGUAUGAGCCGGCGACGGAGUCCAUCGACUUGUUGCACUGGAUCACCCACAUUGGUCCCAUAAUGGAGGAUCUCUCGGAUACGAGUUCGGCUUGGUGGCAUGCGACUAUGAAGGAUGCGCUGCAAUGGUACUCCAGAUAUAGUACUGCCUCUCCCCUUGAAAGACUUCAGUUGGAACCGCAGCCUUCCUUGGAGUUGUCGAAGCCUGAAUGGAGCCGUGUGGAACGGCGUGCAACUGCCAUGCUACUUACGGCAGUUCCGAAGUCGGUGAGAGAGGAAAUCAUCGCCUACGGCAAGGUCACAUCCCUUAGCGUGUUGUGCAAGUUGUAUGCUGUGUACCAACCAGGGAAUCUUCAAGAAAAAGGACUGGUGUUGCGCAUGUUGGAGCAGCCACAGCCAUGCAACACCGCUUUGGAAGCGGUAGAAGGACUGAGGCGCUGGAGUUUGUGGCGGACCAGAGCGACUACGAUUGGCAUGGCGGAGCCGGACGCUUCGGUGUUGAUCCGAGGCUUAGACAGAAUCACCAAUGCGGUGAUUCAGGGAAGCGGUGAGCUUUCCUUCCGCGUCAGCCUUAUCCGCAGCACGCUGCAGGUGGAUGUGAGUCCGAGUGCCUCGACGGUGACAUCGUUUCUUCAACACCUCCAAGCAGAGAUGGAACAGCAGGCCCGUUUGGGGGCUACGAGCACAGGAGGAGCGACGCCGUCGUUGAAGGCCAUCACCACAACAACUACCUCCACUACCCCGGCACCUUCACCCGACACGUCAACCUCAACUCCAUCAACAAGGCCAAACGGUGGUGUGUGCAAGUUCUUCGCUGGAGACCGAGGGUGUCGAAGGGGGAACACAUGUCGAUUUCCUCACACGUGGAGUCUUUUGGAGAAAGGGGCCAGAUCUCGGAAGUGUCUGUGUUGUGGAGCGGUGUCCCAUAAGGUCAAGGACUGCAAAGCCCCUGGCGGUGGUGCGACAAGGGCGACCACUACAAAGGCUGGGGCACAAGGAGCUGGUGAGACUGGGUCGACAUCGCCUACUGCAUCUUCACCGGAUGCAAGUGCUCGAAGGGUGACCUUUGAUGGUGAAGCAGUCCAGACCAAAGCCUUGAAGGUUCUGGACCAGGUAACGUGCCUACCUUUGUUUCGGUCAGUGAUGAGUGCUGUGUCUCGUUGGUCACAAGGGACUCCGCCUUCUCCGAGAUCGAGGGCUGCCUUGAUGGAUUCGGGGUCCACUCACAUUCUACGUGGACCUACUAGCCCAGAGGAGUGGGAAAAAGCCAAUGCGGUUCAGGUGAAGUUGGCAGGUGAUGCAGUGACUUCUAUGAGGCAAACCGACCGGGGCACCCUGCUUAACCCCGAUGAUGUGGCGCAAGUGAUCGUGCCCUUGGGAAGAGUGAUCUCAACUCUGGGAUUCCGCCUCAACUGGACGCCAGAGUUCUGUCGUUUGGAAGGUCCAGCUGGGGAGGUUUUUCCUUUGUCUGUGACCAAUGGAUGUCCUGAGGUCGAUGAUGAAGUGGCCAAGGAACUCAUUACCAGAUUGGAGGAUUCUCAUCUUCCCAGCCUCCAGGAGUCAACUGAGGCAUCAGCGCGGAUGCUCAAGAGGGUUCGUGCGAGCUGGUGGUCUUGCAUGAUGGACUAUGUGAAGGAUGGCAAUGUGGCUGCGGGACGGGAGGCAGUGGAGAAGGCAUCCUUCCUGGGCUACAAGGAGAUUCUUCAGAAUGUCAUGGUUGUGAGAAGACCCAAGCAGGGAAUUUGGGAAUUGAUGAAGGCAUUGACUUUGAACCGGAGAUCUAGGAAACGCCUUCUCAGGUCUUCAUCAUGGGUGGUGAGGUGGGACUCGCCUUCCGUGGACCGUAUAGCAGACCCUUUACGGCAUUUGAGUUUCGUUGGAGAGACCAUCUACGUGAACAUGAACACUUUGCUGGUGGCCAAUGAGUUUGUGGACCUCUGGAAGGUUGUGGCGUGGGCAGCUACUACGGGAAGGAUAAGUUCCGUGGUGGCGCGGGACCGCGGGCACGGACGAUGGGAUGAGGCCAGCGCUGCCCUCCAUCGAAGUAAAGUUCACUUGAUGCAUGCGAUUGCCUCCGCAGGACGAUCGUGGCAAGGCGGUGGAGCUACGAGGUUGUUGAUUGAAGAUCUCGUCUACAAGGAGGUGGAGAUUCGUGAUGGUGCGUCAUUGUGGCCGGCGUGGACCAACACCAAGGACGCGCGAGAGUAUCUGGAGGAGAUGGGCAUUGCGGAUGCCUCGAUCGCCCAGUUCAAGGGUGAUAGUUACGUGAGAUUGGCCAAGUUGAACAGCGAUGCUGCUUGGAGAUUGCAUGUGGCCCGGAAUCAUCAGCCGUUCCGAAGAGACUGUGCAGUGUGCGUCAGGAACAGUGCAACGGGACACCAGCAUCGUUCGACGCUGCAUCCCAUGGCCUAUAGUCUGAGUGUGGACGUAGUGGGACCCUUAAAAGGGCACGGGCGUUCUCCAGAUGGAAAGUUCUUCAAGUACUUUGUGAUUGGUGCUAUGAGAAUCCCUCAAGUUGAGGGAGCCGAAGGUCAUCCGGAAGUUCGUGGCCAUCCUCUUCCUGGUGGUGAGUCGGAAGAGGAGGAGAUUAUCCUGUCGGAUGAUGAGGACGGGGACUUCGGUGGUGGUGUUGGCGAAAUUCAGGGUGUGGAUCCAGCUGAGGAGGAGAAGGAGAGAAAGGUUUGGGAAGACCUUAAGAAGACCUUUAAGGAACCUAUCCCAACCACUACGUUGUACUUUGCUGUCCCGGUGAACAACAAGAAGGCGGCUACAAUGUUGCCGGCCGUCCAGAAGAUCAUCACCGAAGUGAAGGCGCUUGGAUAUCCGAUCACCCGACUACAUUCAGACAGAGGUGGUGAGUUUCGUGGCCACCUGGUUCGGAGAUGGGCUUUGUCUCAGGGGAUAUGGCCUACAACGACUUCGGGAUCAGAUUCAGCGGCCAAUGGGGUAGCAGAGUCGGGAGUGCGCUACCUUAAGCGCAGAGCCAGGAUUCUCCUGGACAGCUCCGGUGUUACACGCGAAAACUGGCCCACGGCAGUGCAGUAUGCGGCUGCGCAACAAAGGUGUGACCAACUUGGAGUUCUUCCACCUAUGCCGGUGGCCUAUGGAGCCAAGGUCUACGUGAAGACCAAGCGGUACAAGACCGGGGCUGUGGAGGACUUUGGACCUCACUGGACUCAAGGACGAUAUGUGGGCCCGUCCUCGGAUAUCAGAGGGGGACAUGUGAUCUUGAAGGCCACGGGAACUUUCAUUCAGACCACUCACGUGCGGGUCGCCCGUGACCCACCGUCUUUGGACGAGGUGACGCCUACCAUAGUUGUUGAGCCUGAAGCGCAUGAAGAUGAUGUUGGUGAACCUCCAUUACCUCCACCUGAUGUACCACCACCUCCGAGGAGAAUGCGGUCAAAGGCGCCUAUGGCUUCUAAAGUGGAUGGUUUCUAUCCAGAUAUCGAGAGUCUGGAAGAGGUGCAUGUGGACAUCUAUGGCAAUGAUGUUGGGAUGCCUCAAACCAAGUAUCUCCGAGUUGGAGAAGUUCAAUAUGUGGAAGCUAUUGCUGAGCAGUUUUAUAAGGAAGAAAAGUUUGAUGAACCGAGUUGUGCUCGGCUUCUGGCUUUGGUAGCUGGAACAUGUGGGAACUUGAAAGUUCCUCGGUCACCUGGUGGCGAGGGGAUGAUUGUGGGGGCCUAUGUGCAUGCGGGUUCCUUUGGCAUCACUCGCUAUGGGCGCGAUCUUCCUUGGAUGGCUCGCUACUUCAACACCUACUUGAAGGUGAAGAUACAGAACUAUUGGCCAGGGAUGCAGUUUUCAUGGACGACCUUUGCCUUGCAGGCAGCUAAGGAGAUCCCUCGGCACAAAGAUAGUCAUAAUGAGAAGGGCACCUACAACUACGUGAUGGAGUUGAAUACGGACUCAUUGGAGGGUCUGUGGGUGCAAGAUCAAGGUGACGAACGAAUGGUGGUGGGCGGUGAAAACGCUAAAGAUCAUCAGUGUGAAGGUCGAGAUGGACAGCUAUAUGAUGGCUGUUUGGUGAGCGUGAAACAGAAGCCGGCGGUGUUUGAUCCAAUGGUUCAUCACGGGUACAUCAAUGAGGGUGGAGUGAAGUGGUUUUUGUCCGCCUAUACCCCGCAGGGAGCAUGCAAGCUCCAGAAACAAGAUCAGGAGUACCUGAAAGGAUUGAACUUUCCGGUGUGUGAUCCAGAGGAUGUUGUUCAGUCCGCCGACGGUGCUUGGGAAACCAGACCCAAGCUUCGGGCAACUUCCUUGCCAUCUGAAGUGCCGUGUUGUGGAGCUCAUGGGCAUGAUGAUGAGGUGGAUUUUGUCACCGUUGGAGAGUGUGAGGCUACGUUGUGUGAUUGGGCGUUGUACACAGAAUGUCCUCUAGAUGGAGGUGAUGAUGAAAGGUGUUUGAAGAAAGUGUGUGCUUCUGAUGAUCCAGGUCCUGAAUUGCAAGCCCUUACUGAGGAGAUUGAUGCGAGUUUGAAGGAAGAUCUGGCUUGCAAUGUGGAGCAUUGGGCGUCGUUGGGUUUGUAUGAUCAACCAAGGCUGGCGAAGUUAGAGCCAGAGUAUGUUGAGAAUGUGGAGGCGAUCAUUCAGAAGGCCGUCGAUGACAAAGUUCCUUUGAGGCACACGUACAACGUAAGCCCCCAAGAAGCUCGUGCAGCGAUUGAAAGGUGGCGACCUGCCAUUACGAAGGAAGUUGGCGUUGUGGAGAAGGGGUUCGUCAGGGUCACUGAUGACGAUGUUACGAAGCUCCGGCGGGAUGGCUAUGUGAUUCAGGAGCUGCCGUCUAAGUUGGUUUAUACUGUGAAGCCUCCUCCAAGUGAUGCACCCGCGGACGGUGAAAAUGCAUUUUGCAAGAGGAAAGCCAGAGUGGUUUGCUGCGGCAACUAUGCUCCUGAUGAUCAGACUGACGUGUUUGCCUCAGGUGCUGCCGCUGAGAGCCUUCGGUCGAACCUAACCUACAGUGCUCGGCGGAAGUGGCGGUCCGGGAUAGUUGAUGUCACUGGAGCGUUUAUGUUGACCCCGCUCCCGCAAGGUCGCGGUCAAGUCAUAUACAUUGUGCGGCCUCCAGCUGCUUUGGUGCAACUGGGCUUAGCGCAGCCCAACGAAAGAUGGCAGUUGACCCACGGCAUGUACGGUCUCCGACAAUCCCCUAAGCUUUGGGCAGGCUAUCGCGAUGGGAUGUUGGGGAAACUUGAAGUGGAUGUUGAGGGCCGGCUCUGGGCAAUGAAGAAAGGAACAGCGGAGACCAACUUGUGGAUGAUCUACGAAGUCGGCAAGCCGUUUCAUGGAGAGCCCGGUGGCACGAUCCUGCUCUAUGUCGAUGACAUCCUGGUGUCGGGUCCGUUGAGUCUUGUGACGGCAGUGGCAGAAGGAGUGGGAAAGCUGUGGAAGACUUCAGAGCUUGAAGUCUUGGCCCCCGGCCGAGAUAUUCGGUUUUUGGGAUGUGAGAUUGGAACCAAUGAGGAGAUGGACACGAUCUACAUCCACCAGCGCCCCUACAUCGAGGAGAUCCUUAGAAGCCACAACGUGCAGCCAACGGAACAAUCCCCGAUUCAAGCACCACGUGAAAUGGUUACUUUCGAGGCCUUUGAGAACGAGGACAAGGGCACCGAAGACCAAGUGAAACAGGCACAACGUCUAUGUGGAGAACUUUUGUGGCUGGCUCAGCGCUCGCGACCAGACCUGAGCUUUGUUGUCAGUGCUAUGGGGAGCCUUCUCACUCGAGCUGCGCCGCGAUGUUUGCAGAUUGGGCGGAGCAAGGAGUCACUCGGGCAUCUUACUCACAUGGAUGAAUGCGGCGAUCGCAUUGGCUACUCCCUCCUCGAAUGUGUCUUGGAGGUUUGCAUCAGGUUCAUCCCUGGGAAGGACCAAAAGGCAGAUCUGUUGACCAAGAGCUUUCCUCGACAGCGCUUGCAGGAGUUAGUGACUUUGUGGGGAUUUGUUGAUUUGAUCCAUGAGGUUGCUAAGGUUGCGAUGAUGAAAGCUAUGCUGUUCUGCAUGAUGGUUCAGACCACUCGGGCUUCUUCACUGGAGCCGUUGCAGUUGGAUACCUCGUUCGAGCUCUAUGCAGUGGUCUUGAUAGCAGGAAUUGCGUUGGUUGCGCUCUGGGAAGCCGUAUGGUGGUGUUGGUACCGAUGCUGCGGGAACCCUGAGAGUUCUCGCUCAGGCCGCCGAUUGCGACAACUGCAGGAAACUGUGCAGCGUGAGUUGGCAGCGCAGAUGGCUGAAAUCGAGCUUCCUGCAGAGCCUUUGGGCGGAGCGAGACCUCCGGUUGCUACACAGACGGAUCCGUUACCACCGCCUUCGGCACCCGUGGGAGUGAGGGAGAUCUUGGUGCCACAAUGGCAUCCGGGCUCGAAGGGCAGCAAUGCCAUGAAUGGUCUAGGGACGGGCCAGAAGGUCCUCAGCCCGAAGUACGUGUACAUACCGAUGGGCCAGGACAACAGCUUCUACAACUUCAAUGACUUGAAAGGCAUUAACGACAGGCAUGCUGCGGUUCCCAAGCGUUGGUUCAAAUCCUAUUUCAACCGCUGGGAAUGCCUGCUCAACGGCAACGCCUGGAAAUACUUGGCCAAAGUUGCCAAGGCAGGCUACAUGAUCAACACGGAGCAGUACCUUUGGCUCCACCUGCAAGCUGAGGGAGUGCAGGUUCGACGAUUCGCACCGGUGUCCUUCCUGUCGCAUUGCACGGAGGGUCCGCAGUGCCAGCAUCUCUACAAGGGCACCGACCUGGGCAAGGUGCGAUGGACUCAGACAGCAAAGUAUUGGACGGAGAUGCUGGAGUCACGGCGGACAGUUGUGGAUGAUUUCCACUACGUCAAAAGGCCAGAGAAAGGCUGGAUCUGGUUACGCCAAUGGCCGCCAGUUCCUUUGAUUUGGGGGGCCAUCAGCAAGAAGCAGUUCGAAAAUCCGUUGGAGGAUGUUGAACCGCAGGAGAAGGUCGGCGCCGACCUUGCGUGCGGCCUGUCGAAGCACGGUCCAAUUUCAAGUCUGCGUUGGGUGUUUUUCCUACGCUGUGAGUGCCACGCAUAG